GAGAGGGUAGGGGAUGGUUGGGCGCCUGUUGCUUUCUCUUUGAGGUUGUCAUAUCCGCCGUAAUUUCUGCUCGGGGGCUGCAGGAAAGGCUACCUCUGAGAUGUUACUGGUGGCUGGACCGAGAGAGAGCGUCUGUUACCGGGAUCCAAGAAGGCCAAAAGAUAGGGAUGCUUCUCUGUAGACGUCUGCUUGCCUCUUGGGAGUCAGUGUAGUAGCAGCAGCAGCAGCAGCAGCGGCGGCGAAGGAGUCGGCGGCGGCGAGUGGCAGUGACUGUGGCAGCUGUGGCUGGGGACCCGGAUCAGAGCUGCAUAAUUGGAUUGUUGUAACUGAUACCGUUAGUCAUUUGAAAGAGAAGCCGAACUUCUGAAAAACAUGUUGGAUACUAUAGACACCAGUCGAGCCCUACAGGCAGCAGAACGAUUGCAGGUUAAACUGAGAGAACGUGGUGAUGUAGCAAAUGAAGACAAGCUGAGUCUCCUAAAAUCAGUCCUACAGAGCCCUCUCUUCAGUCAGAUUCUGAACCUUCAGACAUCAGUUCAGCAGCUUAAAGACCAGGUAAAUGUUAUACCGUCCAUAUCUUCAACUGGUGAAGAACUUGCACAUUUUGCAUCCAGUGGGCAUCCCACUUCAUAUAAUGAAUCUUAUUUAUUGGGUCAAAAUAAUGGUGACUUUGAAUCAUAUGUGGGAUCCAGUACUCCUCAGAUCAAUGGGAAACCUUCAGGUGAUGAAUUUGAUCAACUCAUCAAAAAUAUGGCACAGGGUCGCCCUAUAGAGAUCUUUGAGCUUGUUAAGCCUACAAGUGGUGGCCUAGGUUUUAGUGUUGUGGGACUGAAGAGUGAAAACAGAGGUGAACUGGGAAUAUUUGUUCAAGAGAUUCAAGAGGGAAGUGUGGCACAAAGAGAUGGAAGACUGAAAGAAGCUGAUCAAAUCCUAGCAAUCAAUGGAUAUGCACUUGAUCAGACAAUAACACACCAACAGGCUAUUAGCAUCCUUCAAAAGGCCAAAGAUAAUGUCCAACUCGUUGUUGCCAGAGGCUCAUUGCCUCCACUUAUUAGCCCUAUAGUUUCCCGUUCUCCAUCUGCUGCUAGCACAGUUUCAGCUCACUCCAAUCCAGUGGUCCAGUGGCAACAUGUGGAGACCAUUGAAUUGGUUAAUGAUGGAUCAGGUCUAGGAUUUGGAAUAGUAGGAGGAAAAUCAACUGGAGUAAUAGUAAAAACCAUUUUACCUGGAGGAGUGGCUGAUCAGCAUGGACGAUUAUGUAGCGGAGACCAUAUCCUGAAAAUUGGAGAGACAGACUUGUCUGGUAUGAGCAGUGAGCAAGUAGCACAAGUGCUCAGGCAGUGUGGGAAUCGAGUCAAGUUGGUGAUUGCAAGAGGUGUCAUAGAAGAACCCAUGGUAACAACCUCUUCAGGCAUCACAUUAUCUUCUUCCAUGUCUUCCAUGUUGGAAAAGCCGAUGGAAAUGUCUAUGCAGAAAAAUGGAGAGGUUGAAACAUUUGACGUAGAACUCACCAAAAAUAUCCAAGGAUUAGGAAUAACUAUUGCUGGUUACAUUGGAGAUAAAAAAUCAGAAUCUUCAGGUAUAUUUGUAAAGAGCAUAACAAAAAGCAGUGCUGUUGAAAAUGAUGGAAGGAUCCGUGUUGGUGAUCAAAUCAUAGCAGUGGAUGGUACAGACCUGCAGGGCUUUACAAACCAACAAGCAGUAGAGCUUUUACGGAACACAGGACAAACUGUGCGAUUGGCGUUGAUGAGAAAAAUGACUAAAACAGAGACCCAGAUUAGGUCCGAUGAGGAUUUAGGCACCCCUGUUACAAAAGACAUUGUUCUGUCUGCUCCAGAGGCUAAUAUAAGCAAAGAAGAUAGUGACAAGGAUGAAGUUUCCCCAACAGUGGAGACAAAUAACAUGUUGCAAAUUGGAGAAGCUGAAAAGCACCCAGAUCCAGACUAUCAGCUACCAGAAGAAGUAGAAGUUGAUGAAGGACAGCUUCAGGAAACAAAACUACUGAAUAAAUGGCAAAGGAUUAUGGGCCUUAAUUAUGAAAUCGUGGUUGCUCACAUGAACAAAUUCAGUGAGAGCAGUGGGUUGGGAAUAAGCUUGGAAGCAACUGUGGGACAUCAUUUCAUCAGAUCUGUUCUACCUGAAGGGCCUGUUGGACACAGUGGGAAACUCUUCAGUGGAGAUGAGCUACUAGAAGUAAAUGGAAUAACUUUGCUUGGUGAAAAUCACAAGGAUGUGGUGAAUAUUUUAAAAGAACUACCCAUAAAAGUAACAAUGGUCUGCUGUCGUCCACUUGCUUUACCUGCUAACCAUGAUGGGUUGGAUGGAUUGAAUCUCUCUGAUAUCCAUUUAACUGAAAAGCCUCAUGUAGACCUCGGUGAAUUCAUUGGAUCGUCAGAGACAGAGGAUACUGCUUUCAAUGUGACUGAUAUGGGUCAGAAUACAGAAGAGGUGCAAGGAUCAUCAUUGGCAAUGUGGGAAACCAGCAUUCAGCAUAUUGAGCUGGAAAAGGGGAGCAUAGGACUUGGUUUUAGCAUAUUAGACUAUCAGGAUCCAGUUGACCCUGCUCGCACAGUCAUUGUAAUUCGCUCAUUAGUGCCUGGUGGUAUUGCUGAACAGGAUGGAAGACUUCUUCCUGGCGACCGGCUUAUGUUUGUCAAUGAUAUUAACUUGGAAAAUGGCAGCCUCGAAGAAGCGGUGCAAGCCCUGAAAGGAGCACCAUCAGGAACCGUGAGAAUUGGAGUUGCUAAACCUCUCCCUCUUUCACCAGAAGAAGGUUAUGUUUCUGCUAAGGAGGAUCCCUUUUUCUACACAGCAUACUCAUUUGAGGAGGAAGGGCCGACUGAUAUAGCCCUCUUCCAUGCUGAGGUAGCUCUGGUGGACGCAAAUGAGGCAGACUUAGCAGAUGAAUCCACCUUCGAGUCUCAGUAUUCUCCUGAGGAUGAGGAUGCCUUCCAAGCCUCAAUGUUAGCUCUCCAUGGCAGUGCUUGCAGCAGUGGCUUGAACUAUAGCCUCUCUAUUCCAUCAUCUCCUCCUAAGGAUACUGCUGAAAAUCCUGCUGAGCUUCUACUUGGUUUUCCAAUGUCCAAUGAGGAUCUGUACAGUAAAGAUCUGAUUCAAAGACAAGAUGAAAACCUAUCAUCGGUGAACCUGAGAAUGGAGCCUUCAUCUAGCUUUACCAGCACAGAUCUCUUGCCUACACCAGCUGAAUGUGAAAAUGCAGAGAUUUGGACUGAUUCUCAGCUAGCAAAUGAAAUAUUAUCCAGUGCAAAACUUACUUCAUUUAUGCUCCCAGAUUCUUCUGGACAAAAACAAGAAUCCAUAAUGGCAAAAGAUUCCCUGGAUUCCACUGAUGAACAUGCUGGGUAUCAUGAUUUAUCCAAAGAGUCAUUUGAGAAGACUAUUAUUAUAACAAAAGGCAAUUCUAGCCUAGGGAUGACGGUAAGUUCUAACAAAGAUGGCUCAGGAGUGAUAGUUCGAAGCAUCAUCCACGGUGGAGCUAUCAGUCGUGAUGGCCGAAUUGGUGUAGGAGAUUGUAUUUUAUCUAUUAAUGAAGAAUCUACCAUCAAUCUAACUAGCGCCCAGGCAAGAGCUAUGUUAAGGAGACAUUCUCUCCUUGGACCUGACAUAAAAUCUUCUCCAGCACCUGCUGAUGAUCAGGCCCCCUUUUAUGUGGUUACCUAUGUGCCUGCAGAGCUUUUGGAAGAGUACAGAACAAAUUUAGGACGCCAAUCUGGGGAAGCAACGUCACUUGAUAUGUUUUCAUCUUAUACUGCCAGAGAAAUUCCAGAACUCCCAGAACGUGAGGAAGGAGAAGGAGAAGAAAGUGAACUGCAGAAUGCAGCCAACAAUAGUAACUGGAGUCAGCCAAGGAGGGUUGAGCUGUGGAGAGAACCAAACAAAUCCCUGGGCAUCAGCAUUGUUGGAGGACGUGGGAUGGGAAGUCGACUAAGCAAUGGUGAAGUGAUGAGGGGUAUCUUCAUCAAGCAUGUUCUGGAAGAUAGUCCAGCUGGCAAAAAUGGAACCUUAAAAACUGGAGAUAGAAUAGUAGAGGUGGAUGGAAUGGACCUCAGAGAUGCAAGCCACGAACAAGCUGUGGAAGCCAUACGGAAAGCAGGCAACCCUGUACUCUUUAUGGUACAAAGCAUUAUAAACAGACCGAGGCCAGAGUCUGUGUCUAGCACUUCAUCAGCAUCUGCUCUCUGUGAGCAGAAACCCACUAACCCAUUUUACCAUCAGUCAUCUCAGAAACCCCCUUUGCCUUCCCUGCCGUACAACCUUCACACUAAGUACAGUUUCAGCAGCACUAACCCCUUUGCUGAUUCUCUGCAGCUCAACACUGACAAGGCAUCUAGUCAGUUGGAUUCAGAGCCUGAAAAGACUUCAUUCCCUAGCUUGUCUCUGCCUCCUCCUUCAACAUUUUCUGGAAUGAGCAGUGAUACUGAAGAGUCAUGUUCCAGCAAAGUUUCAGAAGAUGGAGACAAAGAAGAUGAGUUUGGCUACAGCUGGAAAAAUAUCCUUCAGCGUUAUGGUACCCUAGCAGGUGAACUUUUCAUGAUUGAACUGGAAAAAGGCCGAACUGGUUUGGGCCUCAGUCUUGCCGGAAACAAAGAUCGAUCAAGAAUGAGUGUUUUUAUAGUUGGAAUUGACCCAAAUGGUGCAGCUGGAAAAGAUGGUCGACUACAGAUUGGAGAUGAACUUUUAGAGAUAAAUGGACAAAUUUUAUAUGGGAGAAGUCAUCAGAAUGCUUCUUCAAUAAUUAAAUGUGCCCCAUCAAAAGUAAAAAUCAUUUUUAUCAGAAAUAAAGAUGCAGUGAAUCAAAUGGCUGUUUGUCCUGGUAAAGGUAUGGAAGGUUUACCUUCUACCCUGGAGGCUUUUCAGAAUCAGGAGGCUGAAUUGAGUAAUACCAAUUCUGCGGUAGACUUCAGUGCUUUUAAAAAUGUUCACCAUCUGGAACUUCCCAAGGAUCAAGGGGGUUUGGGCAUUGCCAUCAGUGAAGAAGAUACCCUUAAUGGAGUUGUCAUAAAGAGUCUAACUGAUCAUGGAGUAGCAGCAAAGGAUGGACGUCUCAAAGUUGGGGAUCAAAUCUUGGCAGUAGAUGAUGAAGUUGUUGUGGGUUUUCCUGUAGAAAAGUUUAUAAAUCUUUUGAAAACUGCAAAGAACACAGUGAAGCUUACUAUUAAUACAGAGGAUCCAGAUGCCCAGUCUGUCCAGUCAACCCUUGGUGCCUCCACUGGAGAAAAAAAGAACCUUUCACAAGCUUCAGUAAUGCCCCCUUCUGGAUCACCAGAACCUGAACCUCUCAGAAGCACGAGCAGGUCCUCCACCCCAGCCACUUUCCCUUCUGAUCCAGCAACCUGUCCCAUUAUCCCGGGCUGUGAAACAACAAUUGACAUUUCCAAAGGACGGACAGGACUCGGAUUGAGCAUUGUUGGAGGAUCAGAUACUUUGCUGGGUGCUAUUAUUAUCCAUGAAGUUUAUGAGGAGGGAGCUGCCUGUAAAGAUGGAAGACUUUGGGCUGGGGAUCAGAUUUUAGAGGUGAAUGGGAUUGACCUCAGGAAUGCUACACAUGAUGAAGCCAUCAAUGUAUUGAGGCAGACACCUCAAAAGGUGCGCCUAUCAAUCUACAGGGAUGAGGCCCAAUAUAAGGAGGAGGACAUGUAUGAUAUGUUCAAUGUAGAACUGCAAAAGAAGCCUGGAAAAGGACUUGGUUUGAGUAUUGUUGGUAAAAGAAAUGAUACUGGAGUAUUUGUGUCAGACAUUGUGAAAGGAGGAAUCGCAGAUAUGGAUGGAAGAUUGAUGCAGGGAGAUCAGAUACUAAUGGUAAAUGGGGAAGAUGUUCGUAAUGCCACUCAGGAAGCGGUUGCAGCAUUGCUAAAGUGUUCUGUUCUUCAGUGUUCUCUAGGUACAGUAAGAUUGGAAGUUGGAAGAAUCAAAACGGGUCCAUUCCAUUCAGAGAGGAGGACAUCCCAAAGUAGCCAGAUGAGUGAAGGAAGCCUGUCAUCCUUCACUUUCCCUCUUUCUGGAUCCAACACAUCAGAGGCAUUUGACAGUGUUUCAAAGAAGAAUGCCUUGGCUUUGGAAAUACAAGGAUUAAGAACAGUUGAAAUAAAAAAGGGCCCUGCUGACUCACUGGGAGUUAGCAUUGCUGGAGGUGUAGGCAGUCCACUUGGUGAUGUCCCAAUAUUCAUUGCCAUGAUGCAUCCGAAUGGAGUUGCUGCGCAGACCCAGAAACUUAGAGUUGGGGAUAGGAUUGUGAGUAUCUGUGGAACUUCAACAGAGGGCAUGACUCAUUCCCAGGCAGUGAGCUUACUGAAAAAUGCUUCUGGUUCCAUUGAAGUACAGGUGGUUGCUGGAGGAGAUGUGAGUGUUGUCACCAGCCCACAGCAGGAGGCAGUUGGCUCUAGUCUUUCCUUUACAGGACUGACAACCAACAGUAUUUUUCAGGAUGAUUUGGGCCCUCCUCAAUAUAAGACCAUUACUCUAGACCGAGGACCAGAUGGUUUGGGCUUCAGUAUAGUAGGAGGAUAUGGCAGCCCUCAUGGAGACUUACCCAUUUAUGUUAAAACAGUAUUUGCAAAGGGAGCCGCAGCUGAAGAUGGACGCUUGAAAAGGGGUGAUCAGAUAAUUGCUGUCAAUGGCCAGAGUCUUGAAGGGGUGACCCAUGAGGAAGCAGUUGCUAUCCUGAAGAGGACAAAAGGCACUGUCACUCUGACCAUACUUUCAUGACCUGAACUGUCCUAGUUGGGUCAUGGGAUCACCUUAUUGAAAUUCUUUCCAUUCAGUAAAGAGAAUGGAGAUUUUCUUGUCACUUUUUCCCCAUUUCAUCAUUUAUUUUACUUUUCUGCUGUGCCAGAAUGACAAUGACCUUUAAUGAUCCACUUUUUCCUCAUUUAAAAAAUAUUUGUCCUACAGUCAAUUCCUGGGGUGUCUUUGUGGACCUGGUAUUGAUAUCCUCACUUGGCCAUCACCUCCUCAGUUAUGUCCCUCUUGUGACCUGUACAUAUUGCCCUUAAUCUCCCAAAGUGGAAAUACUUAUAUGCAUAACUCCAUCAUAUCUUUGUAAAGAUAUAUAGGAUUUUCUAAAGGAUAAGGCAGAAAUAUGUGGUAAAAUUAUAGGAAACAAAAGUAUAAGGAUACCUUUUGGAGGCAAGUGUUGGUAAAAUCAAGGUGAAAGAGAAAUGUACAUUUUUUAAAAGUUGUUUCUGAGGUGACCAACAUUCUCUCCCCUACUACAAACACACAAACAUUUUUGGUGUGCAAAGCUGCAGUGAAUUUUUUUCAGUAAUCCCCUUAGCUUGAGCAUUGCACAAUUUGGAUGAUGAUUUCUCUUUGCCCUCUAUUCAUUUCUGCUGAAUCAGGCUUUCUAAACUUAGUUUAAGGGCAGUCGGUAUAUAAAACAGCAUCUCUGAAUGUUUGAGAGAGAAAUUAUUUUAAAGCUCUAAGGAAUUUUCCUUUUCACUAAUGACCUAUUCUAGGAUAUAUUCCCAUUGCUUUAGGCAUUUGCUUCUACUACUCUGCAGUGUAUAUUUUUCUGCAGGAAGCAGCCAGGCUAAAAAUGGAGUGGCAUAUAGAAAACCUGAAAUAUUUCAAGUGCUAGUUUUAACUACCAAGGCAACACUAAAAAUGUGUUAAUGAUCUGGGUGAUUGGCUUAACAAUUAGUAUUAAUUUUAAUGUCUGAAAACAACAGUAUGUUAGUAAUUAUUUUGGUGAUAAGCCAUUAGUAAAUUCAUAGAAAAAUUAAGGGGAUUAACAUAACUUCAUUUCAUUACUUCACAUUAACAUCUUAUAGUACAAUAGCCUCAGACCAAGGAAAACAGAUGGAACUGUUUAUUGAGACAACUGGUGAGGCAUUAUCAUGUGUUCCUUCCCAUUUUAGAGCGUGAAACUCCUACAUUAGAAUAUGUAAAGUCACUUUAAAUAUUAUCUAUAUUUGUAACAGAAGUAGUGUACAGAUAUUUUAUUACUGCAUUCUUGUGCAAAUGCAGAACUGAAGUGAAUAAAUAUGAGGCUGUCUGGCUGGUGUACAAAUAAAGAAACAGAUGUAUGUUUUGUUUUAAUGGGAA